CCGACUUUUUUGCUGUCAACCCUUUCCCAAUCCAGAUUCAAAAACUGUUUAAUAAGGACAAUGUCCCGCAAACUAUUUUUUGUUUUGGUCAUGCUGGUGUGCGCUGUUCCAGAAAACUAUGGAUAUAGAUAUGAUUCGGUUAUCGCCAAAAGGUGCCUCUAUGCAUGUAAAAAAAUAUGUCCAAAAGGGUCCAUAAUUACGAAGAAUGGAGUGCUAUAUUUUCUUGACCGGAACUGCAUGGACUGCUUUUAUGCUUGUGCAAUGGAAAAAGAACGUAAAAAAUCGUCCACUCCAAAUUCCGUGCAAGAGAUGUCUCAUUGAGUCCGAGGAUCCUUCAUGAAUUUGUGCCUAUUCGUAUAGAGUAAAUGCUUUUGUGCCUC